AUGCGAAUACGACUCCCAGUUGCAGGCGUCUUCCUGCUCCUCCUCCUCAUUGCCGCCUACGCUGGACUGACUUCAAUACAACUUGGUCAAUAUGUCAACGACAAGGUGUUGCACUUCACCACCUUCUUUGCGCUUACCGUUGUGUUUUACUGGGUUGUCGAUACGAACCGAAGACGUGUUAUGAAUAUGACUUUGGUCGUUUGCACAAUCGUUCUUGGUGUUGGUUCCGAAUUCGUCCAAAGCUUCCUCGAUAACGGUCGGGAGUUUGAUCUGUACGACAUCAUUGCAAAUGUGAUAGGAAGCUUAUUAGGUGUUGGCCUUUGCUCGUGGUACCACAAGCGUAUGCUUGAGCGCAAGCGACGUAGACGUUACAGUGCUGUUCCUGGCGAAGAGCAGGGCGAUGUUGAGCUCGGCGAAGGCCACGAGUCCGGCGUUAUGGAAGGCAACAGCCGCUCUCAGACAUUGGAAGAAGAGGUGGACAACUGGGACGAGAACGAGAUCGAUGAUGACUGGGACGAGGACGAAACACACGAGACUUCAACCAACACCAAGGCGUUGGAAACCAACGCGGACAAUGGUGAUUUGGGAGAUACAAAGAAGCGAAUGGACUAA